AACACUACUUACACUUACAAUAGGUUGCUAACCCGGAAGUAAAAACAUUAUAAAAAAGUCGGCGGGUAUCUUCAAGAUACUAAAACAAGUCAAUAAGUCAGUAAGUUGAGUAAAAAAGAAAAACUUAGAAAAGCAAGAUGGCCACUGCUGUGCAAAAGUCUAGGGUUGAAGAGGAGGCUGGGAUAUCUACAGCGGAAGAAGAAACAUUUGGACCUAUGCCAUUAGCUAAACUUGAAGGGAAUGGUAUAAGUGCUGGGGAUAUCAAGAAAUUAGAAGAAGCAGGUUUUCACACAGUUGAGUCAGUUGCAUUCGCUCCAAAGAAAAUGUUGCUAUCUAUUAAAGGGAUCAGUGAGGUCAAGGCUGAUAAAAUAGUGGCAGAAGCAGCUAAGCUGGUUCCCAUGGGUUUCACUACAGCCACAGAGUUCCAUCAAAAAAGAUCUGAAAUUAUUCAACUGACCACUGGCUCUAAAGAACUGGAUAAAUUAUUACAAGGAGGCAUUGAAACUGGUUCAAUAACAGAAAUAUUUGGGGAGUUUAGAACUGGUAAAACCCAGUUGUGUCACACUCUAGCUGUCACCUGUCAGCUGCCUAUUGAUAUGGGAGGUGGUGAAGGCAAGGCCAUGUACAUUGACACUGAAGGGACGUUUCGACCAGAGCGACUGUUAGCUGUGGCAGAUAGAUAUGGCUUGUCUGGCAGUGAUGUCCUGGAUAAUGUAGCUUAUGCAAGAGCUUACAACAGUGACCAUCAGAGUCAAUUACUGAUUCAGGCUGCGGCAAUGAUGGCAGAGUCUAGGUAUGCACUUCUUAUAGUGGACAGUGCCACAGCUCUCUACAGAACUGACUAUGCUGGACGUGGUGAGCUGUCAGCUAGACAGAUGCAUCUGGCAAGAUUUCUCCGGAUGCUGUUGCGUCUGGCUGAUGAAUUUGGUGUAGCUGUUGUUAUCACCAACCAGGUGGUAGCGCAAGUGGAUGGAGCGGCCAUGUUUGCUGCCGACCCCAAGAAACCAAUAGGUGGAAACAUCAUAGCCCAUGCUUCCACUACCAGAUUAUCGUUAAGAAAGGGAAGGGGUGAGACCAGGAUUUGUAAAAUUUAUGAUUCCCCAUGUCUACCUGAAGCAGAGGCCAUGUUUGCCAUCAACGCAGAUGGAAUUGGAGACGCUAAAGAAUGAAAUGUAUUGCUAACUUAUUGACAUGCAUGUGUAUAGUUGACAUUUUUUUGUCAUUUUCUGUGAUUUUUUUUGUAUUUUUGAGUUUGAAGAAAUGUGUGUCUGACUGGACUGGAUUGCCUUUGUUUAAAUAUGUUGGAAGUUUGGUGUUUGAUAAAUGACGUUGAUAGUAGAAAGGUUUGAUUAUGUAAAUAUAAGUACUGGCCUUGUAAAUAAAAUAAAUGUGUACAGUAUGAAGCAGUCAAUGUUGUAUUUUUGAAAAAUGAACUAUAAGAAUGACUGUCUUCUUUUUAAAAGUUCAUGUGUCGCUUGGUGCCAUUUUAUUUGACUGACAUAAGACACCCCCCGAAGCCCUUCAGGCUCCUGUUUAUCAAAGCUAGAAUAGUUGGUCAUCUUCGUAAUGCUUUUAAUUGAAGGACUUUGCACCCCUCGUAAUGAAGCAUUUUGACGUACCAGUGUCAUGGGUGUUUUUCUGCCCCUACUGACUUCAUCUGUUGCCGAGCUUCUGCCACCUUUAAUAGGGGGGAGAGGAGUGUAUAUGGAGCCUGCCCGGCUAAAACUGGCUGAACCGGGUGUAAAUAGAUUCUGCUGGCUGUCACGCUCACUGGGGUCAUACAUGCUGUAAAGGUUGGGCAUGAAGUUGAAGUGGGAUGGUGCGUUGAGGGGCUUGUCUGAUUGCAGGAUUCUCUUCCUCUCCUCUCGUUUCUUCCGUUGUAUGAUUUCUUGCCUCUUGUCCUCAAGUCUGUCCUCUCGUAUGCGGUUUCUAACCAGAGUCGCCAAUUCCCUGGAAUAUAGAGCAUUUGUUUGUAAAGCUUUUUACUAAUUUAUUUUAAACAAAGAAACGUACAUUUGAAACAAACUUAUCCUCUACCUAACAAACUAAUCUCCCUUUUGUUUUGUUUUUUGUUUGUAAAACAACAAAAAAUGUCCUUCAGAGUUGAAGAUAAUUUUCUUCCUAGUCCAGACUUUCCACUGGACGACGGGAUGGCAGCAGAGAUGGUAUGAAUUUGGGACUAUCAAGAUGAACGGAGGACAGCCAUCCUGUUUUUUUUUAGAAACUAAUUCUUAAAAUUCUAAUCAUGAGGAUAAGCUUUUGGUAUAUUUCUUCGAAAAUCCUACACAGACUUAGCUAGUUUAAACUGUAUGUCAUAUGAAGUAUAUUACCUUCUUUCUAAAAUGGUGUAAAAAAAAAAUAAUUAAACUUAUUAUAUAUAAUAAAUUUAAAACGUUACUUACUGAUAACUGAUGUUCCCACGCUUGUUUAACUGCAAUCGUUUCGCUACUGUCAUUAUAUCUUUGUCGUCCAAUGGAACUCGCACUCGCUAUAAAAAAAAAGAUAAUUAGGAAAAAUUUUCAUGUGUUCAUUUAAAGGAUAGACAAAAAAUUAUAAUUAGAUCUUGUUGUUAGGCAGUAAUGAAAAAGUUUCACAUUUAUUUAGGAACCAAAAUUCAACUAAAGCAUGAAAUGUGAUAUUCAAUCAGUGACAUCUAGUAGUGUAUAAUACAUCGUGACACCAACAAGUUGACCUUUGCGUGAACUCUACAGCAAGACCUCCCUUUUAUAUUUUAACAACAGCUUAAUGAAGUUGACUUGUUGCUAGGUCAUCUGAUUGUACUUAUAAGUUGCAACGAGUUUCUUUGUUAAAUUCAAAGAAAAAAAAACUUUACAUAAGAUGUGAUGUGAGUUGUCUACCUUGAGGCCUUGUAUAAACCGUUCUCGACUGA